AGAGUAUUGAGGCACUACGAACUCCAUUACCCAUAACACAAAGCGUCUUCCGUUUCCGCACGGUGUCAUCAGCCGAGUGCAGCGUGGGUUUCACGCUUCAACAAAUCCUGCCGGAGUUACAGCGAAUAGAUCAGAAUGACGGAACGCAAAGGGACAGCAAAACUUGACUUCUUGAGGAAGAUCGAGGAGGAGGUUCAACAGAAAUGGGAGCAGGAAAAGAUUUUUGAGAUUGAUGCUCCAACCACCAUUGAGGAAAAUACAAAUAAGAACAAGUACUUUGUUACGUUUCCUUAUCCGUAUAUGAAUGGGAGACUUCACCUUGGACAUACGUUCUGCCUGUCGAAGUGUGAGUUUGCAAUGGCUUACCAGCGGCUGAAAGGAAAGCAUUGUCUUUUCCCAUUUGGACUUCACUGCACUGGGAUGCCCAUCAAAGCAUGUGCAGACAAGCUGAAGAGAGAAAUGGAGCUGUAUGGAAACCCGCCCCAAUUCCCUGAGGAAGACGAUGAGGAGGAAGAGCAGAAGAAGAUCACUGAUGAGGUCAUCAUCAUGGACAAGACAAAGGGCAAGAAGAGCAAAGCUGUAGCAAAGUCUGGAAGCUCCAAGUUCCAGUGGGACAUCAUGAAAUCUCUGGGGCUGCGGGACGAUGAAAUUGUGAAGUUUGCUGAAGCUGAACAUUGGCUGGAAUAUUUCCCUCCUCUUGCUGUAGAAGACCUGAAGAAAAUGGGUUUAAAGGCUGACUGGCGUCGUUCCUUCAUCACGACUGAUGUAAACCCUUUCUACGACUCUUUCGUGAGGUGGCAGUUCAUAACUCUGAAAGAGAGAUAAAAGAUCAAGUUCGGGAAAAGAUAUACCAUUUACUCUCCCAAAGAUGGUCAGCCCUGCAUGGACCAUGACAGACAGACAGGAGAGGGAGUUGGUCCUCAAGAGUAUACCCUGAUUAAGAUGAAGAUUGUGGAACCUUACCCAGCAAAAUUGAGUGGCCUUAAAGGCAAGAAGAUUUUUCUGGUGGCUGCGACUCUGAGGCCUGAAACCAUGUUUGGUCAGACGAAUUGCUGGAUUCGGCCAGAUAUGAAGUACAUUAUAUUUGAGACGGCUAGCGGUGAGCUGUUCAUCAGCACGCAGCGGUCAGCCAGGAACAUGUCCUACCAGGGCUUUACGAAAGAGAAUGGAGUGGUUCCUGUGAUCAUGAACAUCAUUGGCCAGGACAUCCUCGGCUGCGCAUUGAGCGCCCCCCUCACCUCAUACAAGACCAUUUAUGCCCUGCCAAUGCUCACCAUUAAAGAAGACAAAGGAACUGGAGUUGUCACCAGUGUUCCGUCAGAUGCACCUGAUGAUAUCGCCGCUCUGAGGGACAUUAAAAAGAAACCGGCUUUGAGAGAGAAGUAUGGAAUUCAAGAUUAUAUGGUUCUACCAUUUGAGCCGGUACCCAUCAUUGAGAUUCCAGGAUAUGGGAAUAUGUCGGCUCCUCUGGUUUGUGAUGAACUAAAGAUCCAAAGCCAGAAUGACAGAGAGAAACUGGCUGAGGCCAAAGAGAAGGUCUACCUCAAGGGCUUUUACGAGGGGAUCAUGUUAGUGGAGGGUUUCAAGGGACAGAAGGUCCAGGAUGUUAAGAAGCCCAUUCAGAAGAGGAUGUUGGAGAAGGGUGAGGCGCUGAUCUACAUGGAGCCAGAGAAGCAGGUGUUAUCUCGCUCUGCAGACGAGUGUGUUGUGGCAUUGUGUGAUCAAUGGUAUCUGGAUUAUGGCAAUGAGGAAUGGAAAAAGCAAGCCACGGGCGUCCUGGAGGCUCUGGAGACGUUCUGUGACGAAACCAGGAAGAACUUUGAAGCAACAUUGGCUUGGCUUCAGGAGCAUGCCUGUUCCAGAACCUAUGGGUUAGGAACUCGGUUGCCAUGGGAUGAACAAUGGCUCAUUGAGUCCCUGUCGGACUCCACCAUCUAUAUGGCUUACUACACCGUGGCACAUCUCCUCCAGGGAGGGGUCCUCAACGGACAAGGCCCCUCGCCACUGGGAAUCAGACCAGAGCAAAUGACGAGGGAGGUGUGGGAUUACGUCUUCUUCAAAACAGCACCUUUCCCAAAGACAGACAUCCCAAAGGAAAAGCUGCAGAAGCUCAGGAGGGAGUUUGAGUUCUGGUACCCUGUAGAUGUGAGAGUAUCAGGGAAAGACCUGGUGCCAAACCACCUCUCCUAUUACCUCUACAAUCAUGUAGCCAUGUGGCCCAAUGACAGUGGCAAAUGGCCAAAAGCAGUACGUGCCAACGGUCAUCUUUUGCUAAACUCUGAAAAGAUGUCCAAGUCCACUGGCAACUUUCUCACUUUGAGUCAAGCCAUUGCCAAGUUUUCAGCAGAUGGUAUGCGUUUGGCUCUGGCUGAUGCAGGGGACACAGUGGAGGAUGCUAACUUUGUUGAGGCCAUGGCAGAUGCGGGAAUAUUGCGUCUCUUUACAUGGGUGGAAUGGGUGAAAGAGAUGAUCGCCAAUGAGAACAACCUGAGGACCGGACCUGCGGACACGUUUAAUGACAGAGUAUUUAUUGGUGAAAUGGAUUCCAGCAUCAUUAAAACAGAGCAGCACUAUGAGAGGAUGAUGUACAAGGAGGCUUUAAAGAGUGGCUUCUUUGAAUUCCAGGCCGCCAAGGAUAAAUACAGGGAGCUGGCUAUCGAGGGCAUGCACAGGGAUCUUGUGUUCCAGUUUAUCGAGAACCAAACACUCCUGCUGGCUCCCAUCUGCCCCCACCUGUGUGAACACACCUGGUCCCUGCUAGGGAAGAGCAGUUCUAUAAUGAAGGCUCGCUGGCCUCCUGCCGGUCCAGUGGAUGAGAUCUUGAUUCGCUCCUCACAGUAUCUGAUGGACACUGCUCAUGACCUCCGCCUUUGCCUGAAAGCUUACACACAGCCAGCCAAGGGAAAGAAGGGAGACCACAAACCGCCAGCUAAGCCCACACACUGCACCAUCUACGUAGCAAAGACCUACCCCCCCUGGCAACACAGCGCCCUCUCUCUGCUGGGCAAACAUUACAAGAGCAACAAUGGAGCUCUACCUGACAAUAAGGUCAUCGCCAUGGAGCUGGGUGCCAUGCCAGAGUAUAGGCAAUAUUAUAAAAUGAAAUGUUUCAUUAGUAUGCAUUAAAAUUGGUCCUGUUUUUGUCUUGCUGUGUGUUUCCAGGACAACCUAGAGAAAAACGGGCCCAGGGUUCUUGAUCUAGAGCUGGAGUUUGAUGAGCGUGCUGUCCUACUGGAGAACAUUGUUUAUUUGACUAAUUCACUUGAGUUGGAUCAGAUAGACGUUGUUUUCGCCUCUGAAGCGGAUGACAAAGUAAAGGAGGACUGUUGCCCUGGGAAACCGCUCUGUGUCUUCAGAUCUGAGCCUGGAUUGUUAGUCUCACUGGUGAACCCUCAGCCAGCCAACGGUCUGUUCUCCACCAAGAUUGACAUCCGACGGGGAGACAGCAAAGACAGCAUCAUCCGCAGACUAUCCCGGGCCAACAGAGGCAUCAAGGAUUUAUCCAAAGUGCAGCUGAUGCGUUUUGAGGACCCACUGCUCGGGCCUCGGAGAAUCCCAGUUCUGGGGAAGGAAGAGGAGGGUAAGCUCCCCAUCUCAAACAGUUCAGUUUUCCACAUCAACCUGGAAGAAAACAAAGUUCACAUGAGUGAUAACGGCCUGAAAAUGGACAUUGGGGACACUUUAAUCUACCUGGUCCAGUGAUAUCAGAGACUCUGUUGUUACAAGGGUGUUUUGUUUUCUCAUUUGAGUAUCAUCUUGACAUAAUCUGCAAACAGUAUUGUUUAUAUUAACUGCUGAGGCGCUAGUUAGUUUAGCAUUAGCUGGCAUUCAGUCUCAGUGCAUCUAGUAAACUCCUUUCUCAGCAUUUGGUACCUGUUUUGUUUAAGGGCCUGAAAGUGUCUGUAUAACAUCAGUAAUGUAUUUAUACCCAUUUUCUAGCUUUUUAAGUAGUAAAAGACCCAAGAGAACUGUACACUCAAUUUCUACACAUUCAGGCUAAUGGCACUGGAAAUAUUCAUGCCAUACUUUGUGGACCCUACAUAUGACAUUUGAAGGUAUUGUACUUUCAUAAUGUUUUAUACCUGUCUAUUGGUUUUCAUUUGAAAUGUUUUAAAUCCGUCCUCUGGUUUAAAUAGUUUGCAUAUGCCAGCUACAGUAGUCCAGUUGAGGACGUCAGGCCAAUAGAUUGUGAACUAACUGCCUGGAUAUCUUUUCACUGUAAAACCUUAAAAGGAAGCUUUGUUUUCUUCCUUAUUUCCCCCUUUAAUAUUAUAUGUAUCCAGUGAACAUUUAAUAAA